GUAAUCGACGUGGUACGUAAUGCAGCGUGCCGUGGUUCAAGGAUCUAAACGUGGAUUGGCGGCCCUUGCCGGAGUCACAGCCGCUUCAGGCAUGGGACUCGUUUACGCUUUGGAGAACUCGGUCAGCGCUAGCGGAGACAACGUUCACCCGUACGCUUUACCAUGGGCUCACAGCGGACCGUUCUCUUCAUUCGACAUUGCUUCUGUACGACGUGGAUACGAAGUAUACAAGCAAGUGUGCGCAGCUUGCCACUCGAUGAAAUUCUUGCAUUACCGUCAUUUCGUUGACACAAUCAUGACUGAGGAAGAAGCUAAAGCCGAGGCCGCUGACGCUCUUAUUAAUGAUGUUGACGAUAAGGGAGCAUCCAUUCAGCGCCCAGGAAUGCUGACCGAUAAGUUGCCAAACCCAUAUCCAAACAAGAAGGCCGCAGCGGCUGCCAACAACGGAGCUGCUCCACCAGAUUUGUCAUUGAUGGCUCUUGCUAGACACGGAGGAGAUGAUUACGUUUUCUCUCUUCUUACUGGAUAUCUUGAGGCUCCAGCUGGAGUGAAGGUUGAUGACGGAAAAGCUUACAAUCCAUACUUCCCAGGAGGUAUCAUCUCUAUGCCACAACAAUUGUUCGACGAAGGAAUUGAGUACAAGGACGGAACACCAGCAACAAUGUCUCAACAAGCUAAGGAUGUUUCUGCAUUCAUGCACUGGGCCGCAGAGCCAUUCCAUGACACCAGAAAGAAGUGGGCUCUUAAGAUCGCUGCUCUGAUUCCAUUUGUGGCUGUUGUGCUGAUCUACGGAAAGAGACAUAUCUGGUCAUUCACGAAGUCGCAGAAAUUCUUGUUCAAGACGGUCAAGGGAAGAGAGCCACCAAAGGCUCAGUAAUCACCAGCUUUCCGCUAUUUUUUCAUUAUCCUCUUCAUUCGUCCGCAAUUUCCAUCAGCGAUCAUUUGCUCGCAAUUUCAUAAAAUAUUGUGAGAUUAAUCGUUUGUAAAUUUAAUGAAAUUGCGAGUAUUUGUAACCCUCCUCUCCUAGUUCAUUUUUUCACAGCCUCCAUCCCCUCAAAAAAAAAGAACGCGCUCUCCCUCGAUCCGACCGUCGUAGUCACCAAAAUUUUCAAAUUGGGGACGACGUCGGGAGCCGUUUAGAAAAAUUUAGUUGUCGCCGUUGUUUGUUAAUUGUGAAAAUAAAAUGGAGAGUUUAGUAUGAGUAUUUUUCCAUUUUCUGAGAGUUUUUGCUGUAUUCGAAAUAGUCAGACUCCUUUUUAAACUAAAAAGCUCACGAACUUUUUCGAUGCAUCAUUACUUUCUCGAAUAUUUUUUUUAUAUAGGAAAUCUCUUAUCCGUUUUUUUUUCUCUGUAACCACGUUUUUAUACCUUCUUUUCUUUUCCAAUAAACCAAAUAAUGGUAAAACGUCGACAUUUAUUUUUAGUGUGGAGACGAAUAAAGUUUUAAAUUAUAAA